AAAAAAAAAAUAACCAACCUCACCACUCGAACUUCUUUACCAGAGCCAUCCAUAGCAGUCCGUCGCGCAUCAUCUGGGACGAAAACACCACGGAUUCCUCUUAUCCGCAUCACGCAACCCGACGGCAUCUCUACGGAGUGAUAGCAGUGCUAUACCGCUCCAGCAUCUACCAGCAUACCAUACUCCGUGCGCCUGCACCGAGCAGGUGGCAGCAACCGCCGCGAUACUGAGGCUCACAGGUAGUCCUUCGGGAUGAGCCUACCGCUGGGGACCGGCAGUGGAGGAGCACAUACGCAGCACUCGCUUCCUCAACUGCCUGCUCACUCCCAGUCGGACACGCAGAUAACGGCCCAUCUCGCGAGUCGAUUCCACACGCAGAUCCAGGCAACCUAUCUGUCGUCCCAUGGCGUCGUCUGCGUCAACUCCUAUACGACGUCGACCAAGGGACCAGAUGGCGGCAAGGAAGGCAGUUCCAUGGCUGCGGCCGAGGACGUAGCUGAGCGUUCAUAUCUGCGUCUCGGCCACCGGUCUGAAAACCAAGCUGUUGUGUUUCUGGGAGAAUCCGGUGCGGGAAAGUCGACCAUCCGGAACCAUUAUCUCACGGCUCUGCUUAAGAAGUCAUCGACCCCCUUAUCCAACAAGCUCUCUCUUGCAGCAUAUGUCUUCGACGCACUCACUACGACAAAGACGGCGACGACUCCGAUUGCUUCCCGAGCCGGUCUGUUCUUCGAGCUGCAAUACGACACGUCGGCCUCAACAAGCCCCAUCCUCAUCGGUGGUAAAGUCCUCGACCAUCGGUUGGAGAGGAGCAGAAUCACCGACGUCCCGACGGGCGAGCGCAAUUUCCACAUUCUCUACUACCUGGUCGCUGGAACGAGCGACGCAGAGAGGAGUCACCUGGGAUUCGACAGCGACAAUGGCAGCAAGAGGUGGAAGUUCCUUGGGCACCCGACCCAGCUCAAGGUCGGCAUCAACGACGCCGAAGGCUUCCAGCUCUUCAAGACAGCCAUGAGGAAGCUCGAGUUCCCCAAGAACGACAUUGCCGAGAUCUGCCAGAUUCUGGCUACUGUCCUCCACAUCGGACAGCUGGAGUUCGAGACGACCAGCAGCACGAGCGCCACGGGGGAUGACAGUGGUGGCUUCUCUCACGAGGGAGGCACCACCUACACUGCGGUCAAGAACAAGGAUGUGCUCGCCAUCAUUGCUGCUUUCCUCGGUAUCAGCGCGUCUGAUCUCCAGACCACGCUGGGCUACAAGACCAAGAUGAUUCACAAGGAGCGCGUCACCGUCAUGCUCGACCCCAAGGGUGCCCGUGCUCACGCCAAUGAGCUGGCCAGGACGCUCUACAGUCUCUUGGUCGCCUGGAUCGUCGAAAACAUGAACCAGCGCCUCUGCGCCCCGGAGGAGAACAUUGCCAACACCGUCUCCAUUGUUGAUUUUCCUGGUUUUGUCCAGUCUGCUUCCACGGGCUCGGCUCUGGAUCAGCUCCUCGCUAAUGCCGCCAACGAAGCGAUCUACAACAUGACGCUCCGCAACUUUUUCGACCGCAAAGCUGAAAUGCUGGAGACGGAGGAAGUCACGGUCUCUGCGACCAGUUACUUUGACAACUCUGAUGCUGUCAAGGGUCUGUUGAAGCCUGGCAACGGCCUUCUGAGCAUUCUCGAUGACCAAACACGCCGCAACAGGACUGACAUGCAGCUUCUGGAGGCCCUGCGCAAGCGCUUUGAAGGCAAGAACCCGGCCAUCGAAGUCGCCUCCGCGACCUCCAAGCUCCCGGGCAGCAACUUCCACACGGAAAACCUGUCUGCAAGCUUCACGGUCAAGCACUUUGCUGGAGAAGUCGAGUAUCCCGUCAGGGGCUUGAUUGAGGAGAACGGCGAGAUCAUCUCGGGAGACAUCAUGAACGUGAUGAACAGCACCAAGUCUGACUUCGUGGCCAAGCUCUUCGGCCAGGAAGCUCUGCAGACCGUCACCCACCCCCAGGAGAAGACAACUGUGAUGCAGGCAACCAUCAGCUCAAAGCCCAUGCGCGCCCCCAGCGUCAUGGUGCGCAAGGGCGCCCGUCCCAACAGGCCCAAUCCCGCAGCCCGCCGCCAGACGCAGGAUAACUUUGACCAGCUCUCGCAGGACAGCGACUCUCGCGAGACUAAGCAGCGAGGAGCGUCGGCCAGGCCAGGGUCCGAACAGGGAGCUUCUGGGCAGUUCCUCGCAUCUCUCGACAACGUCCAGAAAGCCGUCACCGACCCCAACACCAAUGCCUACUUCUUCUUCUGUCUCAAGCCCAAUGACCGCCGCAUCGCCAACCAGUUCGACAGUAAGUGUGUUCGGACGCAGGUGCAGACGUUUGGCAUUGCCGAGAUCAGCCAGCGUCUACGCUCGGCUGACUUCAGUCUGUUUAUUCCUUUCGGAGAGUUCUUGGGCAUGGCAAACAGCGAGACCAUGCUUGUGGGCAGCGAGCGUGAGCGAGCAGAGGCUGCCAUCGAGGAGAGGCACUGGCCCCGCAACGAGGUUUCUGUCGGUGCCACUGGUGUCUUCCUGAGCGAGCGUUGCUGGUUGGAGAUCGCCCAGCUGUCCUUCUCCAGCGGUGCGUCUGCCCGCGGGCCCAUGUCAGCCUUCGACAGCGAGGGAGGAGACGGCCUCACACCUGGCGAUCACAACACCUUUGGUGCUUCUAAGGAGCGUCUCUUGUCUGCCGGACACACUCCCCUGGGCUACGGCGAGAAGGGCAAGAGCGGAUAUUUCGUCGCGGAAGAUGCGCGCUCCGAGGCGGGCGCUUCGGCGUUUGGCGCUGGUGACAUGUUCAAGAACCUCGAGACACGCGAGCAGAUGGCCGAGAGAGGCAAUGAAAAGGCCCUGGUCGAGGUCGAAGAGUACAAGGACAGCCCUAGCCGCAGGCGCUGGCUGUUCAUUGUCUAUGCCCUCACAUGGUUUGUCCCCGAUUUCCUCAUCCGGCUGAUAGGACGAAUGCCCCGUAAGGACGUGCGCAUCGCCUGGCGCGAGAAGCUCGCCAUCAACUUUCUCAUCUGGUUCUUUUGCUUGGUCGCCGCUUUCUUCAUCGUGGUCUUCCCCAUGCUCAUUUGCCCUACCCAGCACGUGUACAGCGCCGCAGAGCUCUCCUCUUUUAACGGCAAGGCAAAGAGCGACGGCGCGUACGUGGCCAUUCGCGGUGUUGUGUUGGACUUGGGGGCCUUCAUCCCGUCCCACUACCCUUCGUAUCUGAAGCAGCAGACGCUCUUGAGCUAUGCCGGCCAGGACAUCACCAACCUCUUCCCCGUCCAGGUGUCUGCCCUCUGCGACGGCGUCGACGGCGCAAUCGACCCGACCGUGACAUUGGAUUACAAGACGACAAACUUUACCGGAUCGCCUGUUCUACUCAACUCACAAGACGUAAACAGCAAGUUCCACGACUUCCGCUACUUCACCAACGAUAGCAGACCCGACUGGUUCUACGAGCAGAUGGUGUACCUCAAGUCCAACUUCAAGAAGGGCAACAUCGGCUACACCGCCAAGUACGUCAAGUCUCUGGGCACAAAGAAGUCGCAGAACAUCGCCAUCUUGAACGGCAAGGUCUACGACAUGACAACGUAUCUUGCCGGAGGCCGCCACUUGCGGGCUCCUGUUGGCAAGAAAGUCCCGUCCAACAAUUCCCUGACCGACUUCAUGGAUCCGGCUGUGACAUCUCUGUUCCAGCUGAACCCUGGCCAAGACAUCUCAAAGUACUGGAAAACCAUCAGACUCGACGCCACCGGCAAGUCACGCAUGCAGCGCUGCUUGGACAACCUAUUCUACGUUGGUGACGUUGACACCCGAAACUCUGUCCGCUGCCAGUUCGCCGAAUAUCUGGUGCUCGCCAUCUCGAUUCUGCUGGCCUCGGUCAUCGGAUUCAAGUUCUUCGCCGCGCUGCAGUUUGGUGGAAAGAACGCCCCCGAGGACCUCGACAAAUUCAUCAUGUGUCAGAUUCCCGCGUACACUGAAGACGAGGAGUCCCUGCGCCGUGCCAUCGAUUCGGCUGCUAGAAUGAGGUACGACGACAAGCGCAAGCUGCUGGUGGUGGUCUGUGACGGUAUGAUCAUUGGUCAAGGCAACGACAGGCCGACACCGAGAAUUGUCCUGGACAUUCUCGGCGUGUCCGAGUCCGUGGAUCCGGAGCCGCUCAGCUUCGAGUCGCUCGGCGAAGGUUUGAAGCAGCACAACAUGGGCAAGGUUUACUCAGGCCUCUACGAGGUCCAGGGCCACAUUGUCCCCUUCCUGGUCAUUGUCAAGAUUGGCAAGCCUUCCGAGGUCUCUCGCCCGGGUAACCGUGGUAAGCGAGACUCUCAGAUGGUCAUUAUGCGCUUCCUCAACCGAGUGCACUACAACCUGCCCAUGAGCCCGUUGGAGCUGGAGAUGUACCACCAGAUCCGAAACAUCAUUGGCGUGAACCCGGCCUUCUACGAGUUCAUGUUCCAGAUUGAUGCCGAUACCGUGGUCGCUCCCGAUUCCGCCACUCGCAUGGUUGCCGCUCUUAUCAACGACACCAACAUCAUUGCCGUGUGUGGUGAAACGGCCCUGACUAACGCCAAGGGGUCUUUCAUCACCAUGAUCCAGGUGUACGAGUACUACAUUUCCCACAACCUGUCCAAGGCCUUUGAGAGUCUGUUCGGCUCCGUCACCUGUCUGCCCGGUUGUUUCUCCAUGUACCGUAUCCGCGCUGCGGAGAGUGGUAAGCCCCUUUUCGUGAGCAAGGAGGUCGUCGAGGCGUACUCCACCAUCCGAGUCGACACGCUGCACAUGAAGAACCUGCUUCAUCUGGGUGAGGAUCGUUUCUUGACGACGCUGCUGCUUAAGUUCCACUCCAAGUACAAGACCAAGUACAUCUUCACCGCCCACGCGUGGACUAUUGCUCCUGAUUCCUGGGCCGUCUUCCUCUCUCAGCGACGUCGUUGGAUCAACUCUACCGUGCACAACCUGAUUGAGCUGAUCCCCCUGUCUCAGCUGUGCGGUUUCUGCUGCUUCAGCAUGCGUUUUGUCGUCUUUGUCGACUUGCUGAGUACCGUUGUCCAGCCGGUCACCGUCGCCUACAUUGUGUACCUGAUAGUGCGCGUGGUACAGAAUCCGAACGUGGUGCCCGUGACGGCCUUUAUCCUGCUCGGUGCCAUCUACGGUCUGCAGGCCAUCAUCUUCAUCCUGCGUCGCAAGUGGGAGAUGGUGGGCUGGAUGAUUCUCUACGUCAUCGCCAUCCCGGUCUUCAGCUUUGGUCUGCCCCUGUAUGCUUUCUGGCACAUGGACGACUUCGCCUGGGGUAACACCCGUGUGGUUGCCGGUGAGGACGGCAAGAAGGUGCUCAUCUCGGACGAGGGCAAAUUCGACCCCUCUUCGAUCCCGAAGAAGAAGUGGGAAGAGUACCAGGCCGAGCUCUGGGAGACGCAGACCUCGCGAGACGACACUCGCUCCGAGGUCUCUGGCUUCAGCUACGGUACUAAGGCUCACGGCGCCAUGUCAGAGUAUGCGUACCCCAGCCGCCCCGCCUCGACGACGGGCUUCAUCCAGACAGGUCACGGUCAGCCGUACGAGACACGCAACAUGUCGCGCAUGUCCAUGGCUCCGUCCGAGAUGAACCGCAUGAGCCAGUAUGGCGGAUCGCAGUUCUUCUCCCCAGAGGACAUGGUUGGCCUUCCGAGCGACGAUGCCAUCCUGGCGGAGAUUCGCGAGAUCCUCAAAACGGCGGAUCUGAUGACCGUCACCAAGAAGGGGAUCAAGCAAGAACUGGAGCGCCGCUUCGACGUCCCGCUGGACGCGAAGAGAGCCUACAUCAAUAGUGCCACCGAAGCUCUCCUCUCUGGUCAACUCUAGAAGAAGACGGGAGCGGAAAAAAGGACGCCGACGUCCAGCUCACUCAUAGCCUUGUUUAAUCUCAAAGCGGCUUACAUCCCCCUUUCUUCCCUCUUGAAUUUUGGGUAUUAUCUUAUUAAUUUCUGUUUUCUCGGCCGCCUGGGCCGCUCCCUAUCUGGGUUUACGCGCGUUUACCGACAAGCAUGCAUUAAUCUUGGGAGGAAGAGAGGGGGUUCGAGCGGGACAUGAUGUCUGGGUCGUGUUGCCUUAGGGCUGACGGAGCAUGGCUUUUCAUCGAAAGUAUGAGGAGGACGAGCGUGAAUGUACCUAACGGAUUUUCAUCAUUAAUGGCGUGCUCAAGGAUAGAUGGAC